AUGACACUGCUGGAUCGUCAGGUGGUCCAGGCCACGUGGUGUCGCAAUCCCAACGCUACCCAGAUGAUUAACCUUACCCAUACCUUGUUACAAGGAAGUAGCCUGUGGCUGUCGCACGAAGCGACGGAUAUAGAUGCAUCCAGUGUUUACAGAAGUUUACUACAAGGGGACACAAGUUGUCCCGUUCCAACAGGCAAUGGCGAGCUGGAAGAUCCAUCCACGUGUCCUUCAUAUCUAGUGAAAGAAGUAGACGCUACCAGAAUACCGUCAACUAUUGUACAUGCCCAGUGUAGAUGUGAUAGUUGUCAGAUAUCUGGACUACGACAUAAGCGAAGACAGCAAUAUGCGUGCGAGCCUGUUUACCGCUUCCUUCCGGUUCUCAAGAGACAAAACACUUGUAUCAACGGAGAGUAUGAAUACGUCUUAUCUCAACAGAAAGUUGCUGUGGCUUGCCAUUGUGUACGGUCCAGAACGAAUCGUCCACAAAUAUCGGCUAAUCAUAAAUCUCCUGAAAACUUCGUGUGGUGA